AUGGUUUUGAUUGCCUUAGAGAACAACCAUUUAUAUGUUAAUAAAAAAAAAUGCACUUUCGCUAGUAGCCAGUUGGAAUAUUUGGGCCACAUUGUGUCGGGGGAAGGCGUUUAUGCGGAUGCUAGUAAGAUUCAAGCGAUGUUGGAUUGGCCGACUCCUCGUUCUCUCAAGGAGUUAUGUGGUUUUCUUGGUUUGACCGGUUAUUACCGGCGCUUUGUGGCUGGGUAUGGACAUCUUGCUUGGCCGUUGACGCAACAAUUAAAAAAUGACAGUUUUCAUUGGUCGACAGAAGCUGAAACCGCUUUUCAGAAAUUGAAGCAGGCUAUGACUACUGUCCCAGUUCUCUCCCUACCAGAUUUUUCCCAGCCAUUUGUAGUCGAAUCGGAUGCUUCGGGGUUUAGAAUUGGCGCGGUUUUAAUGCAACAUCAGAGAUCAAUAGCCUAUUUCAGUCAGGUGUUGUCGUCUAGGGCUCGUACAAAAUCUGUGUAUGAGCGCGAGUUGAUGUACAAACCCGGUUCUGAGAAUCGAGUGGCUGAUGCUUUGUCAAGGCAGCCCACUGGUUUGGAGUUGUUGCACCUUACCACUUAUGCGCUUUAUGAUGGGGAUGGAAUUUGCCAAAAAAUUCAACAGGACCCGAGAUUGUCGUUAAUUCAGGCUGCUCUGUGUGCUAAUUCUGCCACUGUGAAGGGGUGGGUUCUCCUUGUGCAAUGA